AUGGCAGCCAUGCUGUUACCAACGGGUCCUGAUGGCUUGCGGCGGUUCACUCGCGAAUCCUUGGCUGCGCUGGAGCAGCGGAUUGCGGAGGAGCAGGCCAAGAACGCCAAGGAUUGCCACGAGGCUCACAGGAACGCAGAGCCACCCAAACCCAGGAUCGACCUGGAGGCAGGCAAGCAGCUGCCACGCAUCUUCGGUGACAUCCCUACAGAACUUAUCGGGGUGCCACUGGAAGACAUUGAUCCGUUUUACUACAAGAACAAGAGGACUUUUAUAGUACUUAACAAAGGGAAGGCCAUCUUCAGAUUCAGUGCCACGUCUGCAAUUUACAUAUUUAGUCCAUUUCACUUCAUCAGAUCAAUCGCCAUAAAAGUUUUAGUCCAUUCGUUGUUCAGCUUGUUCAUAAUGUUCACUAUACUGACCAACUGUUGCUUCAUGGCCAUGUCUGAUCCGGCACCAUGGACCAAGCACCUGGAGUACACUUUCACUGGCAUUUACACUUUCGAGUCGGCGAUAAAGAUAUUAGCGAGAGGAUUCUGUAUAAUGCCGUUCACCUUCUUGAGAGAUCCGUGGAACUGGCUGGACUUCAGCGUCAUUCUCAUGGCAUAUGUGACAGAAUUUAUAGACCUCGGAAACGUCUCAGCAUUAAGAACCUUCAGAGUACUGCGAGCACUGAAAACCAUCUCAGUUAUCCCAGGUCUGAAGACCAUCGUCGGCGCUCUGAUCCAGUCUGUUAGGAAGCUGGCAGAUGUGAUGAUCCUGACCGUCUUCUGUCUCAGCGUGUUCGCCCUCAUCGGCUUGCAGCUCUUCAUGGGGCUGCUACGUCAAAAGUGCAUCCGCAGUCUCGCACACUGCGUCAACUCCUCCUACAGCCCCAACGCAACCUUCAUCUGCAACAACAGAACCUGGAGCUCCAGGGCGGACUUCCUCGGCAGCGAAGAUAAUUUUUACAAAGUUGAAGGAGCAAAGGAUGCCUUAAUAUGUGGAUAUGGAAGUGAUGCAGGGAAGUGUCCAGAUGGAUUUGACUGCCUAAAAGUAGGAAGAAAUCCAAACUAUGGCUACACCAGUUUUGAUACCUUCGGCUGGGCUUUUCUGGCCCUCUUCCGACUCAUGACGCAAGACUACUGGGAAAAACUGUUUCACCAGACGCUGCGCUCAGCUGGAAAGACCUACAUGGUUUUCUUUGUGCUGGUAAUCUUCCUGGGCUCCUUCUACCUGGUCAACCUCAUUCUGGCUGUUGUGGCCAUGGCCUAUGAGGAGCAGAACCAGGCAACCAUCGCUGAGGCCUGGCAAAAGGAGAGGGAGUUUCAGCUGGCGAUGGAGCACCUUCGCAGAGAGCAAAGAGUAGGUGCAACGCCAACAGGCAAUUUCUUUCAUGUACAACAAGCACAGGAUACAGACUCAGUGUUGUCCCCAGAGCUGUCUCCAUUCUGUCUGAAGAUGGGCAGCAUACGUCGAAGCAGCAGCAGAAGAAGAAGAUCGCACAGGGCAUUGUCAGAGGAAACAGAGGAGGAAGCUGCUGAAGAAAAGUUUGAUCCACUGGAUGAGUCAAUGUCUUUGAUGUUCUUAUGAAAUAAAGCUAAUGUAUCCUCUGUGUUCCUGCAGCCUCCUCUGUCUCCCCUUCCGGUCCACUCUCUGCUCGCCACGCUCUCCUCUCACCCCCUCAGCACAAGGAGAGGAAGCCAAAUCAGCGUCUUCAGCGCUUUCCGACCGCGCAACAACUCGGAGGCUGACUUCGGGGACGACGAGUACAGCACUCAUGGGGACGCCUUCAGGAGUCGCACCAGUUCAACAGCAACGCCCUGGAAGAGACGGACGGGCAGUGUGCGGAGCCACUGCUCCCAAAUCUUCACCCCCAGCCUCAACAUCAACGGCAGGCUCAACAUCUCCCUAGAUCAGAAUGGAGUCACCACUCUGGGCCUACAUACUCCCACCUCCAUGCCUGCUUACAGCAUGGAGAGGGUCAGGGAGGACACAAAGCCCACCAGUGUGGAGGACACAAUUCCCAGAUUUCUCCUCCAGCCUUCCCCGACUGUGACUGAGCCUCCUGCAGUGCAAAGGAAAAGAGGGCUUAGCUCUGUCAGCUUCUUCAGCGAUGCCAUGGGUGAGCUGGAGGUGUCGAGGCAAAAGUGCCAUCCCUGCUGGUACACAUUUGCCAAGAAGUACCUGAUAUGGGACUGCUGCCCCUGGUGGCUGACGUUGAAGGAGUGGGUGAAGUACAUGGUGAUGGAUCCUUUCUUGGACCUGGGUAUCACCAUAUGCAUUGUGCUGAACACCCUCUUCAUGGCCCUGGAGCACUACCCCAUGACUGAUGAGUUCAACACGAUGCUUUCAAUUGGCAAUCUGGUUUUCACAGGGAUCUUUACAGCUGAGAUGGUGCUGAAGCUGAUUGCCAUGGACCCCUACUAUUACUUCCAACACGGCUGGAAUAUCUUUGACGGCAUCAUCGUUUGCCUCAGUCUGAUGGAGUUGGGUCUUUCCAAUGUAGAGGGGCUGUCUGUCCUGCGAUCUUUCAGACUGUUACGAGUCUUCAAGCUGGCAAAAUCCUGGCCAACUCUCAACACUCUCAUCAAGAUCAUCGGCAACUCGGUGGGCGCCCUGGGAAACCUGACGCUGGUGUUGGCCAUCAUCGUCUUCAUCUUCGCUGUGGUGGGCAUGCAACUGUUUGGCAAGAACUACCAGGACUGUGUGUGUAAGAUCGCCAUCGACUGUCAGCUGCCUCGUUGGCACAUGAAGGACUUCUUCCACUCCUUCCUGAUCGUGUUCCGGGUGCUAUGCGGCGAAUGGAUCGAGACCAUGUGGGAUUGUAUGGAAGUGGCCGGGCAGCCGCUCUGUAUCCUGGUGUUCAUGUUGGUCAUGGUCAUAGGGAACUUGGUGGUGUUGAAUCUUUUCCUGGCCCUGCUGCUCAGCUCCUUCAGCUCCGACAACCUCUCUGCUCCAGACGAAGACGGCGAUUUGAACAACAUCCAGAUUGCCAUCGCCCGCAUCCAUUCAGGUUUCUCGUGGCUCACCUCGUGCAUCCUCAACCGCAGCUCAAAGCAUAAGCAGAAGGCCAAAGAAGCCGAUCAGGUCACCAAGCUGGUUGGAAAUCACGUCGAAAGCAACGGUGGGAUUUUUGGACGCUAUGGAGAGAAGUACAUCUUGCCAGAUGGGGACAGCUACAUGACAAACCCGAACUUGACUGUCAUUGUUCCUAUCGCACCUGGAGAGUCCGAUGUGGAGUUUCUGGAGGAGGAGGAGAUUUCUGAGUCUUCAGAGGAUGAAGACAACAAACCGGAGAUGAUCAGCCUAUCAGAAGGCAGCACGGUAGAUCUGAGGAAGCCUGGAGAAGAAUUGGACAAUUUAUCAGAGCUGGCUGAAGAGAAUAUGGAGCCUGAGGAGUGCUUCCCAGAUUUCUGCUUAAGGCACUGUCAUUGCUGUGAAAUCGAUACCAGCCGCGGCCUGGGCCAGGCCUGGUGGAGGCUGAGGAAGACCUGCUACCAGAUUGUGGAACACAGCUGGUUUGAGACUUUCAUCAUCUUCAUGAUCCUGCUCAGCAGUGGGGCUCUGGCAUUUGAAGAUAUCUACAUUGAGAAGAGAAAAGUCGUAAAGGUGGUGUUGGAGUACGCCGACAAGGUUUUCUCCUACAUCUUUGUGCUGGAGAUGUUCCUCAAGUGGAUUGCAUACGGCUUCAAGAAAUAUUUCACCAACUACUGGUGCUGGCUCGACUUUCUUAUCGUGGAUGUGUCCUUGAUAAGCCUGGUAGCUAAUUCACUGGGAUAUUCCGACUUUGCUGCGAUCAAGUCCCUGAGGACUCUGCGGGCUUUGAGACCUCUCAGAGCUCUGUCCAGAUUUGAGGGCAUGCGGGUGGUCGUGAAUGCUCUUAUUGGAGCCAUCCCUUCAAUUAUGAAUGUGCUGCUCGUGUGUCUCAUCUUCUGGCUCAUCUUCAGCAUCAUGGGGGUCAACCUGUUCGCUGGCAAAUUCGGGAAGUGCGUGAACAGAACAGGCUUCAUCCACAGUGUCUCUGUAGUCAACAACAAGUCAGAGUGCCUCUCUUUGAAUGACACCCAGUUCUACUGGACAAAAGUGAAGGUUAACUUCGACAACGUGGGACUUGGCUACCUUUCCCUUCUGCAAGUGGCUACAUUUAAAGGAUGGAUGGAAAUCAUGCAUGCAGCUGUUGAUUCCAGAGGAGUGGAGGAACAACCCAUCAGAGAAAUCAACCUCUACAUGUACCUUUACUUUGUCGUCUUCAUCAUAUUCGGCUCCUUCUUCACCCUCAAUCUCUUCAUCGGUGUCAUUAUUGACAAUUUCAAUCAGCAGAAAAGAAAGAUGAGUGGACAGGAUAUCUUCAUGACUGAAGAACAGAAGAAGUACUACAACGCUAUGAAGAAGUUAGGAUCUAAAAAGCCUCAAAAGCCAAUACCAAGGCCUACGAACAUUCUCCAAGCCUUCUUCUUCGAUCUUGUGUCCAAGCAAGCCUUUGACAUCAUGAUCAUGAUGCUCAUCAUCAUCAACAUGGUGACCAUGAUGGUGGAAACCGACGAGCAGUCAGAGCGCAUGGAGUCCAUCCUCAACAAGAUCAACCUGGUCUUCAUUGUGAUCUUCACCACCGAAUGCCUGAUCAAGAUCUUUGCCCUCCGUUGUUAUUUCUUCACAGUUGCAUGGAACAUCUUUGACUUUGUGGUGAUAAUUCUCUCCAUUGUGGGGAUUGUUCUUGCAGACAUCAUUGAGAAGUACUUUGUGUCUCCGACCCUGUUUCGAGUCAUCAGACUGGCAAGGAUAGGACGUGUACUUCGACUUAUACGCGCAGCCAAAGGAAUAAGGACUCUACUGUUUGCCUUAAUGAUGUCCAUGCCAGCACUGUUCAACAUUGGCCUCCUGCUUUUCCUCGUCAUGUUCAUCUAUGCCAUCUUCGGUAUGGCAAACUUUGCCUACGUGAAAAAACAAGAUGGGAUUGACGACAUGUUUAACUUUGAGACCUUUGGGAAUAGUAUGAUCUGCCUUUUUCAGAUCAGCACCUCGGCAGGCUGGGACAAUCUCCUGAGUCCUAUAAUGGCCAACUCCCCAGAGGAGUGCGACCUUUACUUUGUGAAUACUGGCACUAACACCCGGGGUAACUGUGGCAGCCCCUCCAUGGGCAUUGCUUUCUUUGUCAGUUACAUAAUCAUUUCUUUCCUCAUUGUGGUAAAUAUGUAUAUAGCUAUCAUUCUGGAGAACUUCAGCGUUGCCACAGAGGAGAGUACAGAGCCACUGAGCGAGGAUGACUUUGAAAUGUUUUAUGAGGUUUGGGAGAAGUUUGAUUCUGAGGCCACGCAGUUCAUUGAGUUUUCCAUGCUGUCAAUCUUCGCUGACACUUUGUCGGAGCCACUGCGCAUAGCCAAGCCCAACAGGAUCAAGCUGAUAUCCAUGGACCUUCCCAUGGUCAGCGGGGAUCGGAUCCAUUGCCUGGACAUCCUCUUUGCCUUCACAAAGCGUGUCCUGGGAGAGUCGGGUGAGAUGGACGCUCUCAAGCAGCAAAUGGAAGAGAAGUUUAUGAUGACCAACCCCUCCAAGAUUUCCCACGAGCCCAUCACUUCCACACUGCGCCGCAAACUGGAAGAGGUGUCCGCGAUCAUCAUCCAGAGGUGUUACAGGAGGCAUCUGGUGCGCCGGCAGAUGAAGCAGGCAUCCUACCUCUACAGACAAAUGAACUACGAGACUGUAGUGGAUGUAGAGAAUGCUCCAGCAACGGAGGGGCUGAUAGCCUCCAUGAUGCAGCACUAUGGGCUUAUCGGGGUGGAGAUUGAACAGACAACAGAGGACACUCUAAUGUCCUCACCACCAUCUUAUGAAAGUGUGACCCGGGCAGCCAGCGAGCUCUCUGAAGUUGUCAGAUCUAUAUCCAGAGACUCUGAACUCGGGGAGCCUGAUGAAAACUAUGAGGAAACUUUCCUUUGAGACUCGAUUGUGUGGAGAGUGUUCGUGUGGAUUUUGUCUGUUUUGUUUACAGCAGAGAGUAUAGCUAAAAAUAACUCAUGGUCAAAGAGAUGAAACUUUUUUAUAUAUUAGUAGAUGC